AUGAAAGGAGCUGUCGACUCAUUAUUAUCAUUACUCGACGUUGGUACAAGUUUCUGUUAUUGGUUAUUAGGUCGAGAUUUGCUUGAAGAAGAAGUUAAAUGUAUACAAGAAUUAUUCAUAAAAGUUAAAAAAUCAGAAGAUGAAUUAAUUCUCCUAAAUGAACUUAAUUGUUUACCACCAGGCAAAGAUUUAUUACUUAUAUGUAAUACAAAGAACUAUAAUUUAGUACAAUGGUGUAUAUUAAACAAUUAUACGAAAGCACUUACCGUUCUAUUAGAAUAUGGAUGUAAUCCAACUCGAACAGGUUUAUCAGGUUAUGAUUUACCACUUGCAUUAGCGUGUUGUUUAAGUCGUAUGGAUAUGAUACAAAUAUUACUUAAUCAUGGUGCAAAUUCAUCUGAAACAACAGUAUUAUCACCAACAACGUUACAGUAUUUAUCUGAACAGAAUAAUAGCAAAAAAUAUUUAAAAUUAAUUGAUUUACUUAAAAAUCGAAAUACUAUAAACUCUCUCAAUAUUGUUCUUAAUUUUGAUGAUUUAGCAAUGUUUCAUUUAUUAAUGGGUGAAAAAAUACGUUCACCAUUAAUAUCAGAUUCAUCAGCAUCAUCAUAUUUUGUACAUAUGAUACAAACAAAUGAGGAUUCGAAUAUGAAGAUAUUUGAAACAGAUUUUGAUUUAUUUCGUGAUAAAUUACAAAUUGAAAAUUAUGUAGAAAAUAUAAUUCCAAUUGAUGCUGAAGAAUCUAUGGAACAACAACAACAACAACAAAAUAUAAUCACUAAUGAUGAUUUGUCAGAUUAUACUGAACAUGGACAAUUUUUUUCUUUUGGUGAUACUUUUGAUGGCGAAUUGGCUCCUGUUAAUCAAUAUGAUGGUAUACAGGCAUUAUCAGAAAAAGGUAAUCAAGUCGAACGAAUACAUGAAGAAGAAAUAUGUGCACCUGUAGCAACUACUGAUGGUGGUUAUUAUACAGUUGAUGAAAGUUCUGUUAGAAUUAAAUCACAACCUCUGAUAACAACUAUUGAUCGAGAAAAAUUACUUGAACAACAUAUCGAAGAAAACAUACAAAAUUUAUGUAUAAGACAAACCGAACAAUUUAAACGUCAUGUAAAACAAAAUGAAGUUAUACGUCGUACAAAAAGUCAACAACAAUUAAAUAAAUUAUCUAAUAAUAGUUAUACAAUGCAUCGUCGUUCAUUACCAACUAAUGUUAAUGAUCAUAUUAUCGAUCAACCAUCAAAACGUUUUCGUUCAACAUCAUCUCUUUUAUCAAAUAUAUCAAAUUCAACAAAAAAUACAGCUCAUCUUUUACAUUUAUUACAUCAAAUAAUUGAACAUGAAGCUGAAACUUUAUUGGAAUAUUUUCUUAAAAAACAUCGUGAUGAAUUUAAUGAUUAUUUUUAUACAGCUUCUAAUAGUUCAGAUAUACAAUUACAAACCUAUGAAUUAUUAUCAAAUAUUAAAUCAGAUAAAAUUUAUAAUGCACUUUUAUCGUCAAAUUGUGCCUAUUUUGAUCGAGCAACAACAAGUUUAUGUGAUAGAGAAAAUAAUACAUUAGUUCAUUCAUUACUUGGACAAAAUCCAUUGAAAUAUCAACCAACAGAAAUGAUUAAAAUGGUUGAACGUUAUAUGGCAUGUGGUUUAAAAGAAUUUAUUAAUAGACCAAAUUUAUCAAAUUAUUGUAUGAUACAAGUUCUUUUAUGCAAUGAACACUUUCUUAAAAUGAUAUUUUUUCCACGAAGUCCUCAAUCAUCAUCAAACAAUUUAAGUAUGAAUACUGAAUCAAUGAAAACAUUAUUACCAAUAUACGAUCCUGAAAUCAUUGAUAAAUGGCGUAAUUCAUAUUUAGUUUUAAUUGAAACCUUAAUAAAACAUGGAGCUCGUAUUGAUAUAUCUGCUGGUUCAUAUCGAAAUAGUUUUGAUUGUCUUUUAUCAACUUUACUUGAACUUGCUAAACGUUUAACAUCAAUAAUAACAACAACAUUUGAUAUGAAAUAUCUUAAACGUUUAAUAAUUAUUUUAAUAUCAUCAUUAAAUCAAACAAAAAAUCGUUUAAUUUCUUUUAAAUAUAAUAUUGAACGUUUUAUACAACUUCUUUAUUUUAUACAUAUAAAUAAUGAUGAUCUAUCAGAUAUACUUUCAAUUAUUCAUCUUCUUUUACAAUAUGAAUAUCAACCAUUAAGAUUAAAUAAAAAUACAUUAACACAUUUAUUUAAGUUAUGGAUAAUCAAUCCAAACUUUCUAUGUUCAAGUCUUACUGGAAAAGAGUUAUUUAUGCAGCAAUUUUUAGCAAUUAUUAUACGUCGUUUAAUUGUAUCAAAUGAUAAUACAUUGUUAUUGUCACCAUCACCAACAACAAAUUUACCACGUAAAUCAUUAACAUUAAAUGAAAAUGACCUUUGUUUACAAAAUUUAUUUUCUAUUUUACUUAAUUCAUUAUCAAUAAAUCAAACAUGUCUACAAAUACAUUCAAUAUAUAAAUUAAUACUUAUAUUUAUUAAUCAUACAACAUUUGAUAUUAUUAAUAAUGAUCAGUUACAAUUACCAAUUGUUUAUAUAUGUUUACAAGUAAAAAUAACAAAUUAUUGUUUAUUAAUACCAUUUAUUGAUCUCUUUUUUAUAUUACAUUCAUCAUCAAUGAUUAAUAAAACAAAAGAUAUACUUUUACAAAUACCAAUGAAACGUUUAUCAAUUGAUUUAUAUAAAUAUUUUCUUUCAAAUGCAAAACCUAAAAAAUCUGUAUGUUCACUUCGAUAUAUAUUAAGCAAAUAUCUUUAUCAACACUUACAAAAACCAUUUAUUGAUAGUGUAAAUCAUUUACCAAUCGGCGAUGCAUUAAAAGAACGAUUAAUUCAUUUUCAUGAUAUUUAG